UCUGUUCUUAACUCUCUCCGGACACAUGGACACCACAAUGAUUCAGCUGAGGUUGUUUGUCCAUCAAAGGCUGUAUACGGCGGCAGAAGAGAUCCUCGGAGAGGUGGAGAAAACCAUAACGUUAGCUUUGCACGAAGCCGAAGUCAGUCAUUGUGAAUCUGAAGAGCUCCAAAGGCUACGACAUCAACUAACGCUAGAAGUCUUGCAAAAAAAAUCAGCUGCCGAGCCUUCCCUGGCCAUUAGCUCAGUGGGACAUGGAGGUGAAUGUGAUGCCCCACUGCUGCAAGAGAACACUGGUCCCUCAACACCAGAAGAGGACAACUACAGUCUUGGUGCUGAGGUGCAGGGACACUCUCAAACCAGUGCAGAUCUGUACAAUAAUAACUGGCACUACUGCUUGCUUCACACAGACUUUAAGGUGUUAGAGAUAAAAGAAGAGCAAGAGGAACUUGGGAAUGAUUGUCAGACACAAGAGAUGGAUUUUCCUUCUCCGGAAAUUGUGAACAGCAAGCAAAAUCAGCCAGAGACACAACCAUCAUAUGGAUUCCAGACAGUUUCUUUAGACUGCUCUUCAGCUCAGUGUGAGAACAAUGACAGUGAUGAGGAGUUGGUUACCAGCAAAGGAGAGGAGAAGAAAACGGUAAAAAGGAAACGAAAGAUGUUCCAUAAGCGAAGGGGCAAAAGGAAUAAGAAGGCAGCAUUGUCUCAUGACAAAAGUUCUGCUAAAACUGAGAAGGAACUCAGUUUUUGCCAUUUUUGUGGCAAGGGAUUUCAGCUGAUACACUGUUUGAAAAAGCACAUACAAAAACAUGAGACCAAAUUUGACUGCACGGUUUGUGGGAUGAAAUGUCAGUCAAGAGAGCCGCUUGUAGCCCAUUUGAAAAAUUAUCACAACUACAGAUGGGUUUGUGAUGUUUGUUGCAAGCAUUUUACCAAAAUUGGUUAUCUCCGGCACCAUCAAAGAAGAAUGAAGCACAAAGCAGCUGCCGAGCCUUCCCUGACCAUCAGCGCAGUGGGACGUGGAGAUGAAUGGGAUUCCCCGCUGCUGCAGGAGAACACUGGUCCCUCAACACCAGAAGAGGACAACUACAGUCUUGUUGCUGAGGUGCAGGGACCCUCUCAAACCAGUGCCGAUCUUGACAAUAGUAACAGGAACGACUGUUUGGUUCAAACAGACUUCAGAAUGUUGGAGCUACAAGAAGAGCAGGAAGGACAAGAGCAACAUGGGAAUGUUAAUGAAAAGGACCAAGCAGCAUUGCCUCUUGAAAAAAGUUGUGGUAAAAUUGAAAAGGAACACAUUUUUUGCCAUUUUGGGGCAACAAAUGCCAGUAAACCGGUUUAAUGAACCACAUGAGAAAUGUGGGAUGACAUGCCUGUCCAAUCAGGAGCCAAUAACUCAUGUGAAAAGUUGUCACAACAAAACACAUUUUUGUGACGUUUGUGGCCAGACAUUUGCCAAUAUACUGCAUGAAGUAUGGCACAAAGGCCUUAAAUUUGUGCAAACAUUUUCCCAUCAAGAGAGUCUGGCUGUGCAUGUCAAUGUUGCUUUAGCGGCGAACGUUUCAUUACUAGCAGUAACCUCAGAGCACACAUGAGAUACCAUCCAGGAGAAAAAUCGUUCCACGUGAUCUUCGGAGUAAACAUUUCGUAGAAGGGCAAAGAUGACUAGACAUAUAGGACUUCACAUACAGGAGAAGGCCGUAUGCCUGCCAUGUUUGUGGUAUCAGAUACAGAUUUCCAGUUGAUUUAAAGUUGCACCUGCAAACUCAUGAAAAGGCAGCCACUGAAUGAAACCUAUUACAGUAUAUUAAACAGGCUGACCAUGUCCGUGUCCAAGUAGUAUCCGGGCCCUCCACUGCAGAGGGUCCCGGGCUUUUAUUUGAAGCUAGUUUAGUAGUUGUAGUGUAGUUGAAAUAGUUGUCUUUGCUACCCGUUCAUUACAAAAGUGGUCUGAUCACCCAUUAAUCGUUUUUAGGUCUCUGUUAAAGUUAGCAUUGUCUAAAUUCAAUUCUGUCCAGUUCACCUGUUUUAUGGGCCCAGAAAGUAAUUCAUUCUGUAACUUGUGUUUAUUUUAUUUUUAAAUAAAACCUAUCUUUUGAAAACCCA